AAAAGGAAAUGUCAGAGGAAGUGGAUAGUGAGUGGUACAAGCACCACCGGCAAUAUAGAGAGUACGUGUAGGGUGUACCACAAAACGGGGCGACAAUACUUAAUUUAACUCCCCCAACUCAAUUUGACAGUAACAUUUAUCUUUGGCAUUCGUAUCGUUCACAUCCCCUCCUCAUCUUUCUCUGUUCGGUUUCUAAACAAAAACUGAAAACAGGGUUCUGUUUCUUUCAUCAUUCUCUUUCGUUUUUUUCUUUUAAUUCGACGGGUGUCUUUACCAUAUUUUGAGGAGCUGAGGAAAUCAUCAAGAGAGAAGAGUUUCUUGAAGGGUUUGUCCUGGUUCUUGAUUUCUUGCUUUUAGUGAGUUUCUGCCAGACACGCACUGAGUUUCCUGCGUCCCGUUUCGCCUCGUUAAUUGAGAAUGGGAGGUGCAGUGGGAAAGGCUGGUUCACCUAAAAAGGCAUGGAUACCGGAAACAAAAAUUGAAGCAAAAGUGGUCGAAGCUAUGCGGCGGAGGGAAAUUCAUGGAAGUUCAAUAAAAUCAUUCAACAGCAUAAUCUUAAAAUUCCCAAAAAUAGAUGAAAGCUUCAGAAAAUGUAAAGCUACUUUUGAGCAAUUUGAUGAAGAUUCCAAUGGGUCCAUUGAUAAGGAAGAGCUCCGGAAAUGUUUCCAUAAGCUGGAGACUGCGUUUACAGAUGAAGAAAUUAACGAUCUCUUUGAGACAUGUGAUGUUAAUGAGGACAUGGGCGUGAAGUUCAAUGAGUUCAUUGUACUUCUCUGUCUUGUCUAUCUUCUCAAGGAUGAUCCUGCUACCCCUCAAGCUAAAUCACGAAUAGGCAUGCCGGAUUUGGAGGCCACAUUUGAAACACUGGUUGGGGCCUUUGUGUUCUUAGACAAGAACAAGGAUGGUUACGUCAGCAAGAGUGAGAUGGUACAAGCCAUAAAUGAAUCUGGGGAGCGUUCGUCUGGACGAAUAGCCAUGAAAAGAUUUGAAGAGAUGGACUGGGAUAAAAACGGAAUGGUGAAUUUCAAGGAGUUUCUGUUUGCUUUCACUAAUUGGGUUGGGAUCGAUGAUAACGAAGAUGAGGAGGAAGGAGGAGAGGAGGACUGAAUGUAUGCAAAUUCUCCAGCUCCCUACUUGACGAAUCAUGGUGACCUGGAGCUGACAUUCACAGACGUGAUAGUUCCUAUAUAAGCUCCUGUUUGUCUCUUCAAUAAAUGAUCAAAAACACAUUCUAUGUUUUGCUGGGUAGGAAGAAAUCCUGUUCCGUCUAUGCUUUGUGAUGUAAAUUGGGUUCAAGUAUACAACCUUCAUGCUUGUUGGAUGCAUUUUGCUAUGAACUAUUUAAUGCAGUAUUAUAAGAUGAAUGAUUU